GAAGGGUUGGUUCUCCCAGCUAACAGACUCAGAGCAGGCAGGACCCCAGCUUCCAGGCUGAAUCCAGCGAAGCGUUUCCCUACGGGCGAGCCAGCGGCGAGGAGGGACGCGGGACCGCGCUGCCGCUUUAAGAGGGCGCUGGGACAGACAGACGGGACAGACAGACGUCCACAUCCGGUUCAGAGGUGGCCGAGCAGCCUGCGGGCACGGCAAGAAGCUCCUCGCCUGCUCCCAGGCACCCGCGAGGAUGGUGCUGGUCUCCUUCCUCCAGCGAUGCGUCCUGCUCCUCCUCUUGCCCGUCCACGUUCUCGCCUGCCUGGGCUUGUGGGACUCCUUCUACAAGAAAGUUUUCCCGUACAUCAUGGCCAAGGUGGCGUCCAUCUACAACCAGAAGGUCUACAAGCAGAAACAAGAGCUCUUCAGCAACCUGAGACAAUUCGCGAGUCCUUCGGGCCAGCUCACGCUGGUGGAGAUCGGCACGGGCACUGGCACCAACUUCCAGUUCUACCCCCCAGGCUGCCGGCUGACCUGCACCGACCCCAAUCCCAACUUCAGAAAGUUCCUCCUCAAGAGCCUCUCGGAGAAUCAACACCUUCAGCUUGAACGUUCGGUGGUUGCUUCUGGCGAGGAUCUGCACCAAAUCCCGGACGGCGCCGCGGACGCGGUGGUGUGCACCUUGGUGCUGUGCUCGGUGACCGACGUCCCGCGGGUCCUGAGGGAGGUCCUGCGGGUGCUCAGGCUGGGUGGAGCUUUCUACUUCUUGGAGCACGUGGCUGCAGAUCAUUCCAGCUGGACCUACUUUUGGCAAAAGGUUUGUGACCCAGCCUGGAAGUAUUUUGGAGAUGGGUGUUCCCUGAGCAGAGAGACACAGAAGGAGCUGGAGAAAAUUAAUUUCUCAGAACUGAAUUUGAGGCGCAUUCACGUCACACCUUACUGGAUUCCUACUAGCCCCCAUAUCAUUGGGUAUGCAGUAAAAUAAACGACCACAAACGAGCACGGUGGGACACGGGACCUCCCUUCAGUACUCCCGUCACGCUUUGCAGGAGGUUUUUCACCCUUCCAGUCAGCUCAAAUCCAGCAGCUGGCCACCAAAAUAAAAGUAUGGAAAAUGUCCUGAGCUCACGCAAUCACAUUCUUCCAUUUCUGAGGCAGGUUUUCUGGGUAGAGCUCUGAACUAGAGCUGCUGCAUAGGGACCAGGCAAGCUGGAAACAAAGCCUGCACAACACAUUUCAGUCCAGUACAAAAUAAAGGAGGCGUCAGCAUCUUAGAGAGGUGAGACGGGGGAGAAUGGAACAGAAGAUACGUGUGAGCGAGUACAGAGGGCGAAGGUUUUUCUAGGGCCAGAGAAUAAUUCCCAACCUCUAACGCUUCCGAUACAGGCCACAUGCAUAAUAGAUAGAGCAUCAGGAGGAGCGUUUUCAUUUCAGUCUUCCCAUUAUGAUCUGUAUUUACGAGCAGACGUUCCCUCGCCCGUGCCAGCAGAGCCCUCCCUGACAGGACUGCUCUUUCUUCGGGGAAGUGCUCCUUACAACACCGCUUCUCUAGGCGUAAUUCUCACUGGCCAGGAGAUGCUAACGCUGUCAGUGCAGAUUUCACUUGAAACAGCCACCUACAAAGCAAAAAAAACCCCCAAACCCAGAACUUUUUUUACACGGGGAGAAAACGGGUAUUUGUUAAAUCGGGUGGUAGAAAUCUCACCUCCGCUGUAAAACGCUGUUACUAGAGCAGCCGUGUCCUUAGAGCCCUUUUGUCACGCUCUACUAACUUGUUUUUCCUGUGCUUCAACGCUUCAAUUUCUGCUCUCGCUCCAAUCUAGAUCACACCUUAAAGAGGCCUCUUCAAAAAGCCCGGACUUUCAUUAGAAAUGUUUUCCAGUUAAACUCCCCUAGGACACCAAGAGAAGGUUCUGCUCUCUCGGUCACUGUUCCACCUUUUCUAUGAUUUCCUGCAGUAUAGGAGAAAAGUAUUAAAACCUGGUAGAGAUUUUAUUUAUAACAAAAUAAUGCAUUAAUGUCUCUUAUUCUGUGCUCCAUACACAUCCAACUGGUCUACACUGAAAGCAAUUCCCACAGUUCAAACCCGUUUCUCUAACGUGGUUGCCACAAGGUGGAGGUAUGAAGGUACAACAGUUUGUUAACGAAGUGUCUAAUAACGACACUGGAUUUUCUAUUUGCUUUAUUACCACUAGAGGGAGGAGGUAACUCGUCGGACAGCGGGACUACUUAUCACUCACCAGCAAGACAAAAUUCCCCAAUGCAAUUCACGUUAGAACUGCCUUGAUGAGGGCCUUUAAGGCCUCCGUUCCCUCCAGGAGGCUCACCUGGAGCACAGCAAUUAAAUGCUGGCGGUUAAUCUACACACCUGCCAAGCCCUUCGAAAACGCACUGGCGACUGCAAAGUUGAAAACGUUUUACAGAAGGUGUUUAGCAUAGAACAGGCUGUUCAUGGUUGGCUCAAGCUUGUGGAGGCAGUAAACCCAAGCCAUGCGCCAUACGCAGCGAUUACCCGAUUAAUAAGUUGUUUUAUCUCUGGUCCACAAUUCCCAUCAGAGAUCUGGAAGAUAACUGAGAAAAGCAAGCUCAUUCCCUGCCAAGGAGCCCGUACGCACACAUUGUGCAACUGGGAUAGAACUUACGUAGAACUUGUGUAGCUUUAGUAGCUAAACGUGCUGACGCCUCAGGCCACAAGCUGUGAACUUUCACCUCGUCGAGUAAAAGAAUGUCCCAGAGCUGGUCCAAGCCAGGAGAUAAAGCGGUCAGUCAUCAGCGGAACCUUCAACCUUAGAGAUAAGAAACUGUUUGCCUACAGACAAUGGGAGGACCCCAGACCCUAAUAUUACUACUGGUCUGAACUGUCGCGUGAGGAGUGGGGAAUUUAGACUGUAAGGGUAUAAUUGCCCUGGGAUUUCGUUGUUCAAGGUCCCUCUUCAGAGGCAUCCAGCUCAAACUGUAGCACUAUUAAUAAAAAGGACGGUAUAGAAGAAUCUCCUUUUGGCUUACUGAUUCAGUGGAAACCUAGAGUGGAACCCUGUUCCGGUGGCUGGCACGUGUGAUUUCCAUAACACACACACCCCAAAGUAUUUCAGGCAUCCACAAAAAGUGGAAAGACUGCAAACUGCUGUUGCAGAGAGAGCACAGGGCAAGUAGCCGACUAGCUCAUGCAGCUACUUACAACGGGGUGGUAAAUUAACUCUUAAACAAACGCCUUUUAACUGAAAUGUUAAUCAGACUCCUAAUGAA